AUGGAGAAACAAAAAGAGAAGAAAAUAAAAGUCUCCAAAUUAACUUCGUCUUUUCCUAUAGAUCUAACCUCAGAGAUACUCAUAAGGCUGCCUGAAGAAUCUAUUGCGAGGCUUCGUUUCGUGUCGAUGGUUUGGUUAUCAAUCACCACCGAUCCAUAUUUCAUCAAGAUGUUCGAAAAAAGGUACCCACGGUCGUGUCUUUUGGUUUGCUACAUCGAACAAAACAAGUUGUUCGUUUCCUCGGUUCCGCAACAUUAUCACUCACUUAGUAAAUAUAUAAGGUUUUAUUACUCUCGUCCUAAGCAUGUUAAUCUUUAUCAUUUCAAAUCCCCAUUAAUCUAUGGCUUACCCUGUCCGGAAUAUUUCCACCCUACGGAAUCUGUCCAAGGCUUUUUCUGCUUUCAAGAUUCAGCAACACCGAUAGUUUGUAACCCUAGCACGAGAGAGAUCUUAGCUUUACCCAAACCUAGAAUGAGCUGGGAGAAUCUAACCCUUUAUUUAGGAUACGAUCCCGUUGAAGGUAAACACAAAGUAACGUUAGGAUCUGGUCAAGAAUCAUGGAGAACAGUCAAAACUAAACUUACACAUCGUUCUGACGGGUAUAGUACUUGUGGGAGAUGCAUCAAGGGGGUUAUAUAUUAUCUAGCCUAUGUUUACCAUACCAGUGUUUGGGUUAUAAUGAGCUUUGAUGUCAGGUCUGAAACAUUUGUUAAACCUAAAUCUAGUUGUAUUAUUAUUGAAGAUGCAUGA